AAUGCCACCUUGUACCAUCUAAAGCUUACUUUUCAGUAAUUUGUAUUCAAAACUUAACUCUAUACUCGGAUUUCGAUUUGAUCCGGAUUUAUACGAAACGGAUUCGGAUCCCAUAUUUACAAUCCGGAUCCUUUCCGGAUUGCAAAAGAGCUGAUCCGUUUAUACGAAACGGAUUCGGAAUCGCUCGAUCCGUCUCGAAUCCGUUAAUGACGACCCUAGGCAACAUUUGUUCGUGUUAAUGCUGAUCGUGAAGUCAGCGGCUCAAAACCUAUUGAUGAUCAGCAUCGAUCUGUUCGUCCUGAUCUGCUGGUUAUGAAUGAUGGUGUUGAAGUUGUUUGUGGUGAAGUUGGCAAGGAGGAUUGUGGUGGCAAAAGUAAAAAAGAGCUAGUCGAACGCAAUUUGCAUACACCGAAAGUAAUGAAGGACAUGUUUUGUCAAUCAUUGACCAAAGGAAAGAAUGCCGAAUCACUUGCUCGAAAACUAAAAAUAGCGGCUUUGAAUGGAAAACAGUAGAAGAUUGAGGGUUUCCAUUAUGGACUCACCGGCUGGAUAUGUAACUCGCUUACUUCAUAUGAAUGAAUAUGAAAUACCAGUCAAAGCUGCCUCGAUUGUUACAGAUCUAUUCAAUAUGAUGAAAACUGUUUUAAAAGCAAAGGCCAUUGCUAUUGAAAGCAUAAAGCAAAUCGAGAAGCAUCAAGAGCCGCAAGAAAAGAGCAGUGAACCAGGCUACAGUUUUCAGCAAAGUUCAUCAAAACAGUUGUACAUAUCCCCGUCGCUUUAUUUUACCACCACCAACAAAAAACAGAAAAAAACAUAAAUCCACCUUGAAUAAGUCUCUUUUGUACAUAUAUUUUCAUAUUUUGUCUAUAAAAAAUAAUCAGUACCACAGUGCAAAUCACAAGGCUGCAUCACUGCAGCGCUUGGAGCAAAAGAAUGCGUUCAACAUUUGAUUGACACCCCCGCUUAUUGUAACAACAACCACAACACCAGCAUUCACGAGCAACAGCACGCCAGCUUAUCAUUACCACAUACACGUAUCGACGAG